UCUGACAUUUUGACGCAGGUGUAUAUUGCAUACAUGGGAGCUCUUCCUGCAAAAUCUUCUUAUUCUCCUAUGUCUCACCAUUAUAAUAUCCUUCAAGAAGUUAUUGAAUCAAGCUCCGUAGAAGAUUCUUUGGUCAGAAGCUAUGGAAGAAGUUUCAAUGGUUUUGCAGCCCAACUCACUGAAUCUGAAAGAGAUAAACUUAUUGGCAUGAAAGGUGUGGUUUCGGUAUUCCCAAGCAAGGUUUAUAAGAUUAUGACGACAAGAUCUUACGAGUUCAUGGGACUUGGUGAUAAGAGCAACCAUGUCCCUGAGGUCGAGAGCAAUAUAAUAGUGGGUGUUAUAGACGGUGGAAUCUGGCCUGAAUCUAAGAGUUUCUCAGACGAAGGCAUUGGCCCAAUACCAAAAAAAUGGAAAGGAACUUGCGCAGGAGGAGCUAAUUUCACAUGCAACAGGAAGGUGAUUGGAGCACGACACUAUGUGGAGGACUCUGCAAGAGACACUGACGCUCAUGGAUCACACACGGCUUCGACAGCUGCUGGAAACAAAGUAAAAGGAGUGAGUCUGAAUGGUGUGGCAAAAGGAACUGCAAGAGGCGGUGUGCCUUUAGGUAGAAUUUCUGUUUACAAAGUGUGUGAGCCAGCGGGUUGUAGUGGUGAUCGACUGUUGGCUGCAUUUGACGAUGCUAUAGCGGACGGGGUCGAUGUUAUAACCAUUUCUAUUGGAGGCGGUGUUACUCAAGUUGAUAUCGACCCUAUUGCUAUUGGAUCAUUUCACGCGAUGGACAAAGGGAUUGUUACAACGGUAGCGGUUGGAAACGCCGGCUCUAAACUUGGAAAAGCGGAUAACGUUGCACCAUGGCUCAUAUCCGUGGCUGCUGGCUCGACGGAUAGAAAAUUUGUUACUAAUGUGGUUAAUGGAGAUGACAAGAUAUUACCUGGGAGAUCGAUCAAUGAUUUCGACUUAAAAGGAAAGAAGUAUCCUUUGGCGUACGGGAAAACUGCUUCAAACAACUGUACAGAGGAACUAGCAAGGGGUUGUGAUAGCGGCUGCCUGAACAAUGUGGAGGGAAAGAUUGUGGUGUGUGAUGUUCCAAAUAAUGUUACGGAACAGAAAAUAGGUGGGGCCGUUGGAACAAUCCUUCAUGUAACUGAUGUUGAUACUCCCGGUCUUGGUCAUAUUCCGGUUGCAACCUUAGAUGAUACCAAUUAUGAAGCAUUAAGAUCUUACGCUCUCUCCUCACCAAACCCGCAAGGAACUAUAUUGAAGACUGUGACAGUUAAAGAUAAUGAUGCUCCAGUCGUUCCUACCUUCUCUUCUCGCGGUCCAAACAGGCUCUUUAGUGACAUUUUGAAGCCUGAUAUAACAGCUCCAGGAGUGAAUAUACUAGCAGCAUAUUCACCAUUGGCUCAAACAGCACUUCCUGGACAAAGUGUGGAUUACUAUUUCAUGACCGGAACAUCUAUGGCUUGCCCUCAUGUCGCAGGUGUAGCUGCUUAUGUCAAGACAAUACGCCCUGAUUGGUCCGCUUCUGCCGUAAAAUCCGCUAUCAUGACUACAGCUUGGGCAAUGAACGCUUCGAAAAAUGCAGAAGCUGAGUUUGCGUAUGGAUCAGGAUUUGUUAACCCUACAGUGGCAGUUGAUCCAGGGCUUGUUUACGAAAUAGCCAAAGAGGAUUACUUGAAUAUGCUUUGCUCUUUGGACUACUCAUCUGUAGGCAUUAGUACUAUUGCCGGUGGAACCUUUACUUGUUCUGAAAAAUCAAAGCUUACUAUGAGAAAUCUCAACUACCCUUCAAUGUCAGCCAAAGUUUCAGCUUCAUCAUCUUCAGAUAUCACAUUUUCAAGAAAAGUCACCAACGUUGGGAAAAAGGGAUCCACUUACAAGGCAAAAUUGUCUGGGGAUCCCAAACUCAGUAUAAAAGUCGAACCAGAUACGAUCACUUUCAAGUCACCUGGAGAGAAGAAGUCUUUCACAGUUACAGUCUCUGGCAAGAGUCUUUCUGGUAUCUCUAGUAUUGUGUCGGCGUCUCUGACUUGGUCGGAUGGAUCACACAAUGUGAGAAGUCCAAUCGUUGUGUAUACUUAGUCAUCAACCCCAAAGUCA